GCUUCACAUUCAUCGCAUGAAUCUUCCUAGGCUCGUUCAGAAGCCAACCACAACGAUUGGUUAUAGGAGCUUUACAUCAGGAAAGUGUCAAUGUUCUGAAUCCAAGGCAACUCAAGACGAUACGAAAGCCAAUGUAAAGGUGGGUGCCUCACGAGUUCGAAUAUAAUGUGCUUUCUUUGACAAUGACGGCUCUCAAACAUACCCACAUCCAUCAGACCCCUUCUCUUCACGCAUCGAAUGUUGGGAUAGCUCUCCACGAUUAGUUUUUUUCGACUCAUAUCCGAUUUCAUAAGAAGGAGCGACGCACUUGCUUCAUCCCCGGGAGAGUUCCUCGUCAUAACACAGCAUCAGCCUUCGCUGUGGUAUGUACAUGUAGAGCCAGUAACGCGUUGUUGGAGACCAAACCAAAAAUCGUACCCAAUCCAGACUCAUCUAUAAUCAUAACUUGUGAAAUAGUAACCAUGGCUAAAAUAUCUGAACAGGCAUCCGAGGCUGCAUCAAACGCAUCAAAGAAAGCUAAAAAGACGCAAGCAGAGCUAGAUGAAGAGCUCCGCUUAAAGAUGCAAGGCAUAGCAGGCGAUGGGGGAGAAGCAGGGAUAGAGCUUGAGGACGGCCAACCUGUUUCAAUGAAGCGAAGCGUACGAGACAAUAUGUUCCGCUAUAUAUGAGGUGGGGACUAAGGCCAAGUCCAUAUAACGUUACCUAGCGCUAGUCAAGUCGUCAAAGCCUACGGCAGUCUCAUUCCAACAAUCUUUUGCUACAACUACAGCGCUAUGAUAAAGCUCUGUCUGCGUUUCCUUACCGCUGUCAUACAUGCUCCAACCCUUUCACGAGCCUCCGGGCCAAACAUUAGUUCUUCAUUUGUAACCUGUAAACGUGUUGGGCCAACCUAGACAGCGGUGUACCAGCACUCUAGUUACUUCUCAUUUCAUUCUUUCGUUGGAAUACGUACAGUACUUUGCACGCUUUGUGGUCUGUUUCUUGUUUGGAUCUCAUGGCCCCUUGAAGUCUUUCGGCCACCUAUAUCAUCCACAUGUCAGCGUUGAAAUCGGCGAUUAUUUUCAACCACAUCCAGAGCUUGAAAUUGCUAUCGGUCAGGCAUGUGGAUACUCCAGAUUACAGCUCUG